CCAGUUCUCCACACACACGUGAACGCUAACCCUAAGCCCAUUCCCUCGGUGGCUGCCUGGCUGGACGCCUGGACACCUCCAAUCCCCAGACCCCAUGCUUCACCGCUUCAGCCCCGCCGGCGCCGAGCGGCCGACUCGCCGACGGCCGACUCCAAUCCCCAGGCUUCAGCCCCGCCGAGCGGCCGACUCGUCGACGGCCAACUCGCACGUGCUUCCGCCGGCAGCCUGGCACAGCAAGCAGGAAGCAGCAAGCAAGAAUCAGCGGUCGGUCGGGCGUACGACAGCAAGCAGGAAGCAGCACAGGCGUCUCCAUCCUACAGAGACAAAUCCUCUAUCCCCUAAUGCGAGCCACUUGAUGGAUGAUGAGGAACAUGACCGGGAUAGUGAUUCCUAAUUCAUGAAUGAAGAUGGCGAGCUGUGAAGAAAUCUUACAAAUGUGUGUUUGAUGUCAUGAAGACAUUGAAGAAUGAAGACCUUAUAUUGUGUCCAUAUGUGUGUGUCGGUGUGUGAGUGUGACUAUAAGUCUAUUACUCUAUUAAUUGUUAUUGUGUAUGGACUGAAUUUAUGUGGGCAGAGUGAGUGUAAGUUUACUUGUUGGAUACUUGGAUUUGGAAUUGUGUUAUGUGCUCAUGUACUAUUGUGGACUUAUUUUCAUGUUGUUCAAUGGCUAUGUGGUCAACUGGUCAUGUAAUCAUGUGGUGAUGUGGACU